AUAUGGAAUCUUUCCUUGCAUUCCUGAAUUCGGUGCAUAGGUUAAUUCUGACUUAAAAUUGUAAAAUUGGGAUCAGCUUGAGAUGGUGUAGCUCAAAUGUUGUUUAUCAGUUCGCGCGGGAAAUAACGCUCGAAAGUUUGUGAAAGUAACUGAAGCCGCAUAAUUAAAACCGUGUGCCUUUUAGUAAUUGGUAUUGUGUUUUUCAAGUCUAUUUACGCCCAUUUUUUUGGCGGUGCGUAGACGAUUAUUUUGAAUUUAUUGCUCUCAUUUCCACAGCUAGAAUGGAGGAAGAGGGAAUAGAUCCUUCGACAGUCAAUAGAAAUCCAAAAGUCAUUAAAGCUGCACAAGAGGAAAUAUCGUGCAUGGAUGUUCUUGUGUGUGGAAAAUGCCAUGCAGUUUUUCAUUUUAUUGAGGAGUUCCAAGAGCACAAAGAAAAGAAUGAAUGCAGCACACCAGUCUUUAAAGGAAACCUUUCAGAACCAAAACCUCAGGUGUGGGCAUUUCUUCUUUGGAAAAGUUCACAAGCCAAACCAGAGGUAGGAGAUGGUGGAGACCAACUUAGCUCAUGGAAACUUUAUCAGAAAUGGUGCAAAAUGCCAGACAAUAUCAGAGAAGCUUGGAUCUCAGCUGGCAAAGCUAUCCAAGUAUCAACCACAUUGGCUAGUGCCAAAAUGCAAGAAAUAAAGUCACCAAUGCCCAAAGGAACAACAACACCAAAGCAAGGUAUGAUACGGAAAGUGAUUAAAGGAAAGCCACCUGUGUCUUCUGUAACACCUCAACCUAUAAGCUCUGAAAAGACUCAGGAAAAGAAAGAUGAUGACAAGAAGGAUGAUAGUAAGGCUGAAGAUCCAAAUCCCACACAAGAGAAUGGCAACAGUAGUACAACAUUAGGUGAGGGGUUAGAGAUAAAGGAAGAACAGGUGAGUGAAGCAGAAGCAGCAUUUGAGGAUGAAGAUGAAGAAGAAGAAGAGCGCCUCCGCAGACUUGAGGCUGGUGAAAGUAUUGAAGAUAUUGACAAAAGUAUUCAACGACAGAGGCAGCAAUCUUUGCAUACUACUGUUCUCAAGAAAAAAACUGAUGGUGAGGCUAAAAUUUCACCUCUAUCAAAGGCAGGUUUGGAGAGUGAGGAUGAAUUCGUGGUUGAACGCAUUGUUUCUAGACGUUAUAACAUCCGGAAGAAAGCCUAUGAGUAUCUUCUCAAGUGGGAAGGAUACGCAGAUGAUCAAAACACUUGGGAGCCUGCAGAAAAUCUUGCGGACUGCAAACAUCUAUUAGAAAACUUUGAGCGAAACUUGGCAAAACAGAAGCAGCUACAAGCUCAGGGGAAAGAUCCUAUGAAAAGAGGUCCAUCUGGCCUUCCUCCUGGUCCUAAGAUGAUUACUUCUGAUGUGCCUAACACAAGCACACCGAAACAAGACAUCCCUGCUAGGGGACGUCCAGUGAGAAGCAGUAAGAAAAAGGCCAUGGAUCAAGUCAAAGCAUGGUGUGGGUCUAUGACCACCAAGAAAUUGGAUGAAGAUGGGUUAAGAGAAGGCUCUGACAUGUCAGAUGAUGAGGAUGGUAUGCGAAAGCAUAAAAGAUCAUCAGAGAGUGAGGAUAUGAGUCAAUAUGAUGGGUUAUCCGCUGAUGAACUUCCUAUUAAACGUCGUAAGAAAGAAGAUGAAGAAUUUUUAUCUGUUCGUAGAGGUCCAGGAAGGCCUCGAAAGAUAGUGAAAAUGAAUGGUGAGUCCCCUGGCUCAACACCAGUUAAAUCAGAAUCAGCUAAUCAAGAGCUAGCAAAUGCACUCUUAGGGGAGUUUAUGUCUGGUUUGGAUGGCAGUUCAGGUAAGGGUCCGAUUGUUCUUGGAAAGAAACUGGAUGGUACUGCCAUGUCACCUUCUCAGCAACCAGUUCUUGUUGCAAACUCUAAAGGAGUUGUUAAGGUAGACCCUCGAACUAUGCCAAAUAUAUCUUCAGGAGUGUACAUUAUGUCCACUAAGCCUGGACCAAAUGGAGGUAGUGGCCUUGUGAAGAUAGAUUCACCUAAUGUUAAAGUAGUCACAGGUGUAGGUCAGAAACAAGGUGGUAUAAUGGCUGUGAAAGAUGCUAAAUCCACUGAAUCAGAUAACUCAGGAUUAGGAUCUUCCCCCAUUAAAACAACUGUCCUUGGAAAGAAGCCUCAGGCAACUGCAUCUUCAACUGUUACCCCCAUGAAACUUAUGCCAAAAUUAGUCUCACCUCAAAUGAAAGGAGGUCUAAUAAAGGUGACGCCAAGUCCACGGACCAUUAGCGGCACCGUAGCAGGUGGACUGUCCGGGCCCCGCCCGCUCAUCUCAACCUCUGUACGGCCGGGUCUAGUCAGAAACACAAUUGGAUCAGGACCCAGGCCUGCACUUGUUUCACCAAGAGUACCAACUGUUCUAGGGGGAGCACGCGGCGGAAUUAGGCCUGUUCGCCCCAAGCAAGCCUUGACCGUACAAGGAGGGAGGACUGUGUCCGCACCAAUGGGAUCAGGAGUCAAAAGUGGCAUUAGACCCAUAGAAGCAAUGCUUGGGUCUAGUGCCCAAACACCAACAUCACUUGCAAGUUCAUCAAAUUUAACACCAAAGUCAAAAGGUAUUCUUGAAAGGAAAGACUCACCUCAAGAUGUUAAAAAAGAUGCAGCUAGUCUCUUAAUUCAACCUGGUUCAGCUAAGUUGAAACAAGAAGUUGGUAGAGGUGGUAUGAGAGGGAGAGGAAGAGGCCGUGGUGGACCCACCAUGGUGGGUGCUGCAAGAAGUCUUGAAGAUAAAAGUAAAUCCCUAUCAAGUGAAGGACUAAACCUGGAAUUUGCAGAAGACCGUUUGGCUGAAUCAGAUUCAGACUCAGACUGUGGUCUCCCAGAUGACUUCCCGACAGGUGACAUGCCCUUAGUUCAACCUGCCAGCCCUGAGAGACCUCUUACUUUAUGUCCUUUGACGGGCAAAAUCCUGGCUCGAGCAGAAGGCGAGAAAACGCCACCGCCAACUCCUCCACCAGAGCCCGUACCAAGCCCUCAGCCCACUCCUCCUCCCUCAAACACCGUUCUGUUGGAGGAAGAAAGUCUUGAGGGUGGAGAGCAGACACUUAUUAAGGUUGAAAUGAGCCCCGGAGGUACUACUGGCACUGUUGUUGGGGAUGAAGGGACUACUCUGCUGCGAACCUCAAGUGGACUGACUGUAAAGAGAAUGCAAGAGGGAUCUCCUGGCAGAAGUGGCAAUCUUUUAAGCACAGUUUCACAGGUUACUAAUGCUCCCAUGCAAGACAUGUCAUUAACCUCCCGUAAACUGUUCACUGAAGAUGGCCAAGAAUUGAUCUCUCCUGAAACAGAAAUGCUUACAAUACAAGGACCAGAUGGGGUUGUGUAUCAAGUUCAAGGACAACUCGAGGAUGGAGCCCAGACACUACUUGUACAAGGGGAGGAUGGUGAACAACGGUGUGUUUAUGUUACCACUAAUCAAGAAGGUGAGGAUGGAUCUACUGUGCUCACCUUAGAUUCUGCAUAUGCUGAUGCCCUGUCUCAAGUGGAUUCCAACCAGGUCAGCAUUCUUGGUGAUGGAUCUCAACUCCUAGUACAAAAUGAAGAUGGAACCACAACUCUAGGAGAUUCCCAACUCAUGUCAGUCAUGGAGGGGGGAGAUAAAGAUGAUACUCAAGCUCAAAUUGUAGCUCAAGUCGUUCAAGCUGGGGAAGCACCUCCUGGAGGAGGCCCACGAAACGUUGUAUUGCUGUUGCCUGAUGGGAAUCUCAUGGUAACUGAAGUAGAUGAAGAACAGUAUGCUGCCUUAGAACUUGAAAAAACUGAGUGAUGAGCUUGAUUUUUGUGAUUUACUUCAUAAAUAACUAUCAUUUGUGGAAAUCCUUCAUGGCAGUGUAACCAGACAUCUGUAUUUAUAUAUCUACUAGGAUGCUAGUAGACUACUUUCUUGUUCUGUGACAGUGUAUCAAACUACAGUACCACUGUUUGUACCAGUAACAAUACUGGACAAAUUAGUUAGGCAAAUGACAUUCAUUUGUCUUAAAUUACAGUACCUGCAUCUGAGCCUUAGUGACUGCUGGGUGAAGCUAUGAUUUUAUAUCUUGAUUUUGGUUUUCAGAAAUUUAAAACCAGCAAAUAAUGACAAGACUCAAUUGUUAUUUAUUAGAUGCAUUAAUAAAAUUUGUUAACACUUUGUUAAGUCGUGUUAUUUUUAAGAAAUGAGGCUCUGUAGUAGAGGAAUAUUUCUUUAUUGACUGAAAUUUUAGGUUUGCAAGUGUUACCUAGUUAUGAGUGUUAAUUGAUCAUGUAGGAAGAGUUUUUCUUACUCUGAUUAGUGUUUGUAAAUUACUUAAGGAUUUUGUGCAAUCAUCUAAGCCCAAACUUCAGCUGGAAUAAUAUUAUUGUAUUGUACAUUGUGCUUAUUAAAAUGUAUGAUUUUGAUCUGUUGUGAAUUCAAUAAGUUUCUAUGUUAGAACUCAAUUGUUAAAUCCCAAUCAGUAGUCCUUUUGUUGUGCAAACCACUUACAUAGCAAAUCUAAUAGGUGUCUUUUGAAUGUAGAUGGAUGCUUGCCAAGUACAUUCUUUAGAGAAUUAUAUUAAUCAACAUUUUGGUUGGAAAUGUAUGAAGUAUGAAUCAUCCUGUGUAAAUACCCAUAUUUGUAAUUUUGUGUUAUCUCUCACCACCUAGUUGAACAUAAUUUGUCCUUCAAUUGGUAGACUCAUGGCUACCAUGUUUAUCAUGUACAAUUCAUCUCUGUAAAUUGUCAUCUAUUACUGCACAUAAUAAAUACCCAUCCUAAAACUG